AUGGUUUUUACAUGUCUGACAAAAAGGUGUCACGUGAUUGAACAUGCGCCCUUUCAGCCAAUAGGAAUCAGGUAAACAUUGUCCUUGACGUGUGGGAACUGUCAGGGCGAACGAAGAGUUUGGUUUAAUAAUUUUCGAUACAUUUAGGUCAGUCAUGUCGGUUAAACAUGUUCUGAAUCGUGGGCUGGAGUUGGGCAGGUCGCUUUUCCAGCUCGGAAUCCUAAAACCUGCGGGCCGAAUUGCAGCGAAGUUCCGAGGUGAGCGGUUGCGGGUGAGUCAAGCAGGCCGCACCGUUCAGCCGCGGACUUUCUUGCCUGCCCGCUACCGGUAUUACCGCUCGUCUCUCAGCGGCCUCGCCGCGCAGCUCCAGUCCUCCGGCUUCAGGAGGCUGAUCGGAGGCGGCUCUCCGAGAAACAGAACCGUUUUUCUGGCUUUCGGUGUCGGUUUGGGGUUGAUCGAUCAACAGCUGGACGAAGACCGAAGGAGCGCAGCGACAUGCCAGGAAAUCCAGGCGUUAUUCACGAAGAAGAGGUUUCAGAGUCCUGUAAAACCAUUCUUGUCUGGAUAUAAACUGGAGGACUAUGUGAUCGGGAAGCAGAUAGGAAAAGGCUGCAACGCUGCUGUCUACGAGGCCGCGGCGCCGUUUGCACCCCUUGGGACAAACAGCAAGUGCUCCCUGGUGGAGCUGAAACAAAACGAAGAUGAAAGUGACGUCAGAGCACCUGUGACGUUCCCCAGUUCACACAGCUACCCCCUGGCUGUGAAAAUGAUGUGGAAUAUUGGGGCAGGUUCUUCUAGCGAGGCGAUCCUUAAUGCCAUGUCCCAAGAGCUGGUCCCUGCAAGUCCUCGGGCUUUGAGGAAAGAAAAAGGAGAGCUUGUCCUGAGUGGUCAUUUUGGGAAAACGCCCAAGAGAGUAACGGCCCACCCCAACGUGAUCCGAGUAUACCGGGCCUUCACGGCUGCGGUGCCGCUUCUGCCUAAUGCUUUGGACGAGUACCCCGCUGCCCUCCCUGCCAGACUCAACCCUGCCGGCCUGGGCAACAACCACACGCUCUUUCUGGUCAUGAAGAAUUACCCGUGUACCCUGCAGCAGUACCUCCAGGUGUGUGUGCCAAGCUCCAUACAUGGCUCCAUGAUGCUUCUGCAGUUGCUGGAGGGUGUGGAUCACCUGUGCAGGCAGGGCAUCGCCCACAGAGACCUCAAAUCCGAUAACAUCCUGCUAGAGUUUGAUUCCGCGGGCUGCCCCAGGUUGGUCAUCACUGACUUUGGCUGCUGCCUGGCAGAUGAAGGUUUAGGACUGAAACUGCCCUUCAACAGCCGCUAUGUGUACAGAGGAGGGAACUCCUGCCUCAUGGCACCUGAGGUGGCUACAGCUGAGCCUGGCCCCGGCGUGGAGAUUGAUUACAGUAAGGCAGACGCGUGGGCAGUCGGGGCCAUCGGUUAUGAGAUCUUCGGUCAGCCGAACCCGUUUUACAGCGCCACAGGCUUGGAAAGCCGCAGCUAUCACGAGAAACAGCUGCCCCUUCUGGGUGCCAACGUGCCCUCGUAUGUGCACCUGGUGGUGAGGCUGCUUCUGCGCAGGAACCCUAACAAGCGCCCGACUGCACGUGUGGCUGCCAACAUCCUGCACCUCGGCCUGUGGGGCAAACGCGCACUAGCCAGCCUGAACCCUGCCAGCAUGGGGAAGAUGGCCGACUGGCUGCUGUGUCACUCAGCUGUGGUUCUCCUUAAAGGUUUUAGGGUCAGUGCCUCAGUGGAGGCAGAGCUCCAGAGAGAAUUCCUCGCCAGCCUGGAUCUGGAGGAGCUCCGCAUGGCAGCGGGAUACCUCACGUACGGACGACAGCAUUAGCGUCCGAGCUACGUUGAGAAAAGCACAGAGACUGUAAUUUCCUGAGCAUUAACACUGUGGAUGCAGUGCAAUCGGAGUUUGUUCUUCUGAUUGUGAUUGUUAAAGUAACGGCACAUGCACUUUUUCGCUGCUCUUCAUGGGUUUCCCGUUUGACGUAGUCUCUACAUAGGAUGUAAACGAACCAGUGUGGAAAUACGCACGGAGUGUCAACAACGUAUUAGUCAUUUUUAAGUAAUUGCAAGAACACAUACAGGUACGUUUCUGUUAAACAGACAGUUUAGUUCUUGUUCAUUACAUCACAUGAAAUAAACAAACGCCACACUCCUUUUAAA